AUGCGUAGAUCUAAAGGAUACCAAGAUCUUGAUGAAAAUGUUGGUGAUGGACGUCAACCGGCGCCUCCAAUGCCGCCUCCUCAGGAAAUCGAGAUGGCAUCGGUUUCCGUCGUUCCUGACGAUACAUUCACAGUCACUCAGGCGGUGAAUGCUCUAGGUUUUGGUUGGUUUCAAGUCAAGCUGUCCUUGUAUACUGGCCUCUGUUGGAUGGCAGAUUCUAUGGAGAUGACUAUAUUGAGUAUUUUAUCACCUGCCCUGCAUUGUGAAUGGAAUAUUAGCAAGUACCAGCAAGCCCUUACAACAACAGUUGUUUUCAUGGGAAUGAUGCUGAGUUCGACUUUCUGGGGAAAUAUAAGUGAUCGUUACGGCAGAAAAACCGCACUAAGUAUGUGUGGUGUUCUUUUGUUUUAUUAUGGACUCUUAAGUGCAAUAGCUCCAAAUUUCCUAUGGUUAUUAUUUUUAAGAGGUCUAGUCGGUUUUGCAAUAGGAUGUGUACCACAAUCAGUGACUUUAUAUGCAGAAUUUUUACCCACAAAACAAAGAGCAAAAUGUGUUGUGCUUUUAGAUUGUUUCUGGGCCCUCGGAGCUUGUUUGGAAGUGGCUUUGGCAUUGGUUGUGAUGCCAACAUUAGGUGUGCAUUGGCUUCUGGCAUUAUCUACUGUACCAUUGCUCAUAUUUGCUCUUAUAUGUCCGUGGCUUCCUGAAUCUGCCCGAUUCCAUGUAGCUAGUGGUCAACCUGACAAAGCUUUAGCAACACUCGAUCAGAUAGCUCGUGAUAAUGGCCGUCCUAUGUUGCUGGGUCGACUCGUCUGCGACGACUCCGUGGGUAUCGGACAAAGAGGACGUCUCAAACAUCUGUUAAUACCACAACUUAGAAACACCAGUCUACUACUUUGGCUUAUUUGGAUGUCUUGUGCGUUUUGUUAUUACGGUCUAGUACUCAUGACCACUGAACUGUUCGAGACUGAUGCUGGGGAGGAACCCUGCGCCGCUGACUGCCGUCCAUUACAGACCACGGAUUAUAUGGAUCUGUUGUGGACUACACUGGCAGAAUUCCCUGGAAUAUUCGCAACAAUAUUUAUAAUCGAGAAGUUCGGACGCAAGAAGACGAUGGCUUCACAAUUCGUUAUAUUCGCCAUGUGUGUCUGCGUAUUAACGUACAACGCUAAUCGCACUUUCCUCACUUGCACAUUAUUCCUGGCUCGUGGAAUAAUCGCUGGUUUGUUCCAAGCUGCCUACGUUUACACGCCGGAGGUAUAUCCAACAGCGUUGAGGUCGACGGCCGUAGGUGCUUGUAGUGGUGUUGCAAGACUUGGAGCCAUGGUUACACCAUAUGUAGCACAGGUACUAUUAAGGAACUCAGUGUUAAUAGCAACCGCUGUAUACUCCGUGGCUGCACUGUUAGCGGCUGCUGCCUGCCUCGCUCUGCCGAUAGAGACUAAAGGCAGAGAAAUGAAGGAUACUGUCACUGUCACCGGCUGA